CAUCGUCGUUACCCUCGUCGUCAUCAUCGUUGUCAUCUUCUUCAUCAUCAUCAUCAUCAUCUUCAUCUUUAUCGUUGGAAGAUAAAACUGUUCGUGACGAUUUAAUGGAAAGAAAAGGUGUACCAACAAAGGUGAAGAAAGAAGAGGCUGACGAAGAGAUAAGGGAAUAUGCAGCAACGGCGAUGAGUGAAUUAUUGGGAUGGUACGGUUAUGAGAAAGUUGAUAGCGGUUACACGAGAGGUUUAAAUCUCGAUCAUUUUGCACCGGUUGCAACUACGAAACAUCCCUUGCCUCAAAUGGAUCGACAAUUUUUAUUCGAUGGAAGUUCGAGAUCACCGAUGCCCACGAAUCAUCAUCAAUCUGCUUUUUCUCAUUCGUUACGAACUAAAUUAACACCUUCCUAUUAUUCUAACGAUAUUUUUAAGAAUAACGAUAAAAUGUCAUCAAGUCCAUCGUUACAAAUCAAAACUGUUUUACCAUCUACCUCAAGAUUACCUUAUCACAAUGAUUCAACUUCGAGUAGCCCAGAUGAAAUGACGGAAAUCGGACACAGAUUGAUAUCCUGUUCUUGGUGCGGACGAAUCGGUGAAACUUGGGAACCGGGAAGAACGAAUCCACUUUCUUGCGGAAUGGUCAGUGCUUUGGGACAAUUUUGUAGCGAAGCUUGUUUCGCUGCCGGCCGAAGAGCAGCUUUUAAAAGAGCACGUACGUGCGAUUGGUGCAGACACGUUAGAAAUCCUAUCAGUUACGUCGAUUUUCAGGAUGGCGAAAGUCAGCUUCAAUUUUGUAGCGACAAGUGUUUGAAUCAAUACAAGAUGAAUAUAUUUUGUCGAGAAACGGAAACUCAUCUAGCCCUUCAUGGAUUAACAACUAUUCCACCUAGCGAUUCUGGAAAGGGUGGUGCAUUGAUCACUCCGGAACUUUGGCUUCGGAACUGUCAAUCGCCUCGUAGUUCGACGGAAGAAAUUUUAAUCGUCGACGACGAGUCGAUCAGCAGGCUCUCGCCUUUAUCGCAAAACGCUGACAUUGAUCGUAAAGAAUCGAUAGAUUUAGCCAAAUCGGACAACUUGUCACUUAAGAUAAUAAGAAGAAAUUCAUUUAACGCUACGUCGAGAUCGAGAACGACGACUACGACAACUACGACGACGCCAACUACGACACCGACAACGACGCCGACGACGACGACGACGACGACGAUGACGACGACGAUGAGGAAUGACAGUGAAAAUAUUAAAGAAUCUUUCAAAGAUCGUGAAUACGAAAAGUAUUAUCAUUGUAGAAUUCCUUAUUCGGAUUCGAAUCUUUUAAAUUUGAGCCAAUCGAGAUCACCUUCAGUUGAUCAUGCCAAACAACAUAUGAUAGGAAACAUGAUGGACAGUGGUGAAUUACACGAUAGGCAUAAAAUAUAUAAAUCUACAAUAGAAGAUAAAGGUGAUGUACACUUGAAGGAUAUUAAAGGAUUACGAGGAAGGGAAUCGAGAAAUUGGGAUAACGUUCGAUACUCACAGCAAAGGAAAUUACGAAAAUCUUCCUCUUGGAUUCCAGAAACGUCUUCGUCACCGAUACAAUCGGAAACAAUACCCUCGCCCCCCGAAUCUUGUACCGACGAAUCAAGACAACAUAAAUAUAACUCGGAUUUAAAAAUCUAUCCGGAACUUGCGGAAUCGGUUAAUCCCAUUCAGUCACAAUUCUCGUCACAAUUCUCGUCACAAUUCUCGUCACAAUUCUCAUCACAAACCUCAUCCUCGUCGUCGUUGUUACCACCCGUAACGAUACUCGUACCUUAUCCAAUACCAAUACCAAUUCCAAUUCCAGUUCCUAUACCGAUACCUCUUCCCACUUCGGUUUUUGCCAAAUUUCUUCCGGAUAAAGAUACGUCCUUGAACAAUACGGAUUCCGACAGGAAAAGUUCUACCUCGGACAAUUUAACUGAUAGUGUUAUAUCUACGACCGAUCAUACUACUUCGGUAAAAACUCAAUCACCGGUUACCCCAAGUACGGACAAGUGUCAUUUCAACGUGAUUUCUUCAUCCAAUAGCGACAGUGAACAUACUAACGCGUUAUUGAAGAAAAACAAUCUUUCCAAAUGUUCAACGAGAUCGUUGAGAAAGAAGAAACGUGUUGUUAACGAGGAUACAGAAAGUACAGAUCGUCAGCCAAAGAGAAGAAGUAAAUUUCUAAUCACAUAGGAACUUAUUUCUCAAGUGUUCUAGACAUUUUUAUAUCGUUUAGAUUCAAUUUGUCAUUAAAAGUAACUAUUUUCAAGAUGA